AUGGAUAAUAUGAUCAUCACUAGCUCUGAUUCUUCUGUUAUCUCUGAGGUCAAGCAGCAUCUUUUUUGCACAUUCGAAAUAAAGGAUCUGGGCUCCUUGCAGUGUUUUCUUGGUAUUAAGAUAACUUCUUCUCCUAAAAGCUACUUUCUGUUUCAGGCUAGGUAUACAAAUGAGGUUAUUCACCAUGCUGAUCUUACUGACACUAAGAUUUCUGAUACCCCCAUUAAGCUUAAUGUGAAACUUAACACUACUGAUGGUAUCCCUCUGGAUGAUCCUACAUUAUAUCGAGAGUUUAUGGGUUACUUAGUCUAUUUAACUGUCACUCGCUUUGAUCUUGCCUAUUUAACUGUCACUCGCUUUGAUCUUGCCUAUGCUGUUCAUGUGGCUAGCUAG